AGUUUUAAGUCUAUACACUGACUUCGACGAACUCCUCAGUCACAGGACGGGCGGACAUGGCUAAUGCUGAGUUCUCGUACCCUCUCUGCGUGGAGGGCCAGUGGGACCCCCACACUCCCAAACUAAAAAACAAACUAAUCAUCUACUUCCAGAGUAAGAAAUCCGAUGGAGGCGACUGUGAGGUGGAAUAUAAAGUUUCCGGCGGACAGACAGCAACUGUUCGAUUCAAAUCAAUGGAAGUGAGACAGCGGGUUCUGAACAAACAUACGCAUGAGCUCAAGAUUGGUCAAAAAAUAGUGAAGAUGACUGUGAGCCUUCCGCCUUCAGAGGCCUCAGUUCCUGAGGACUCAGCUUCUUCCGUCAGCAUAAUCACAGAAGGUGAACCACAGACUGAAGAAGAAAAAGAAGAGGAGGUUGAGCCAGUUGAGGAGACGGAAGAAGAUACAACCCCUAGAUCUGCUGUAAUUGAAAACAUCCAAAACAGUGGUCAAGAGUUUCUGACAAUGCUGGUGGAAAAUGUGCUGAAAGGAUCUUCUGCUGAGUCAAAGGACUUCAACAUUGAAAUGAUACCAGAGAGCAACUGUGCUGUGGUGACAUUUUCUAAUAGCAAGUAUGCAGACCAUUUCUUUGUAUCCUCUCCAAGAAAUGGAGUAAUUAAAAAGAAAGACAUGAAAGUCCGAUUGCUUGAAAUGACUUCGAAGGUCAAAGCUGAAGACUUGCCUCCGAACACCAGUUCUGACUUAAUCAUGCUGUAUUUUGACAAAUUUGCAGAAGUAGUGGAUGAUGAGGUAACAUUUGAAACGGAUCAGUCAGCAAUAAUCACUUUUUCAAAUCCUGAAGAUGUGCAAAGAAUCCUCAAAGAGCAACAUCAGAUUAAAAAACAGCCUUUCAGAGUACUGCCAUACUACGAAUCACUACAAACAGCUCUAUAUGGUAAAGACAGACCCCGUCUGAAACUUCCAGAGGCAUUUAUUGAGAAUAUUGAUAGAACUAUAUGUCACCAUUUAAAGGAAAACAGGAAAUCUCUGGAUUCAUUAAAGCAAGCAAUGUCCAGUCAUUUUUGUGAGAUGGAUUUUCAGUCCUCAGCAGUGAAGAUCAGUCCUUCUCGAUCCCUACUUAACAAUGGUGCACAGACAAGAAAACUCAUUCACACAUGGAGAGAAAAUGUCCUCUCUGUUUUCUUAGCAUCAAUGUCUAAGCUUAAAUGCACUGAGCUCAACAUUCAGAAGGAUGCAUGGACAGAGAUACAAUCUGAAAUUCAAAAAGCAAGAGUGGGAGAGGCUGUCACACUGGUUCCUUAUGUGGAUGAAGGAACAAUAGCUGUAGCCGGCCUGAAAGAAGAUCUGGAUAGUAUUGAGGGAAUCCUGACAGGAAUUGUUGAGAAAAUCACCCAAAGAAUCCAAAGAGAGAAGGGCAGCGAGACAGGUGAAAUCAGUAUGACUCCAUCUAUUUACAGUCUUGUUCUUCUGUGAUGGUUUGGAAAAUCAAAUUUUGACAAAUUUCCAGAAAUCAACAUCACAUACCAUGUGCACAGCCAAAAGUUAACUUUCUGUGGUCUAAAACAUGAGGUGCUGGAAACAAAGAAUGAAAUACUGCAGGCUGUUCUUAAUUUGAUUCGCAAACCAAUUGAGCUCCACCAGUCUGUUUUGGAUUUUCUGCACAAGAAGGAUCUAGAGGAAAUAACUAGAAAUUUGUUUUUUAAUAAAGGAUUCAAUGUAGCAUUAGAAGCUGAUGGAAGGAGAGUUUUGCUUGUUGGGAAAACAGACAAUGCCUUGAAUGUUGGUGAGAAGCAACUGCAGACAAGUCUGGGUCAUCUGAGCUUCAAUGUAGAAGAUCCCAGUGUCUUAGGAAGAUCAGACUGGCAUGACCUUGUCUCUCGCAUAAAAGACAAUGUCACAAAUGUUACAGUGCAGACAACCGUCAACCAGGUAGUGGUUUCUGGUUUUGUAGAUUACAUUAACGAUGUUGAACAAGAGUUGUAUAAUUUUGUUCAGGAAAACUCAUUUUUUGAGAAAACUCUGAAAUCUCACAAGACAGUUGUCAAAUUCAUAAAGGAUCAUAAAACACAGGAUUGGUUUGAAGAGGUGAAAGGUAAAGUAAAUGUGGACUUCAAAGAUGAACACAUUUUAAUCAGUGGCCCAAGGCUUCACGUUUCUCAGUGUGUGCCACUUUUUGAGGACUUGCUUAGAUCUGCACAUCACUGCACCUUGAAAAUAGUUAAACCAGGAGCAAAGAAGUUUUUCAAGGAGAAAGAGUUAAUGUGUGUUACAUAUGCCAAGACAAAAAUGAAUUGUUUGGUCCAGUUACUAGAUGACCACCCACAUGACACAGUUCAAUCAUGGAUAGAAAAACCUGUUUAUCAUUAUAAAACACAUGAAGGAAUGGAGAUUACAGUAAACAAAGCUGAUAUAUGUUCAUUUGUAGUAGAUGCAGUGGUUGGUGGAUGUCAAGAGAACCUCCUACUGAAUGGAGGUUUAGUAAAGGCCCUCUCAGAUGCUGCUGGUCCUAAACUUCAGAAUGCCUGCAACCAGAUUGUCAAAAACGGAAGCUGGCAACAGGUGAUGCUGUUCUUCGAUGCAGGAGGAGGGCAGCUGAAAUGCAAACAUGUCAUCUUAGUAAUAGGACCAAAUUAUAACUCUUCCAAACCUCAGGAGUCUGAGAGGCUUCUGAAAAAAGUUGUGAAGAAGAGUCUGAAUUUGGCAGAUCAAGAAAGCUUCCAGUCAUUGGCAAUCCCAGCCAUUAGUUCUGGUGUAUUUGGUGGUUUUCCAUUGGACCUUUGUGCAGACACCAUUGUGAGAGCUAUAAAAGAGUUCUGUGAUUUUGUUGAAGAGGACAAUACACUGAGGAAGAUUCACCUAAUUGACAAUAAUGAAAAGACAGUCCAAGCUUUAGAAGCUGCAGUGAAGAAAGUUUAUGGGGUCCGUGCCCUUAGCCACAGUGUGACAUCUGAAAGCAGUUCAAACAGCCAGAAGCAAAACCAAAACCAAGCAAGUUCUUCUCCAAGCCAACAACAGAUUGCCACACACUUUCAAGGAGCAUCACAAAGUUUUCAGACAAAAGAAGGUUUAACCAUCACCCUUAUGAAAGGAAACAUCGAGGACACAACAAUGGACGUCGUCGUGAACACUCUCAGCAGUGACCUGAAUCUCAGCGUAGGAGCAAUUUCAAAUGCCCUUCUCAAAGCAGCUGGUCCUCAGCUUCAGGUUCUGCUCAAUCAGCAAGUCACAGGCACUGCCAGCAUUGGAGCAGUCUUUGAAACAGCAGGUGCAAACCUGAAGAACAAACUGGUGUUCCAUGCAGUUGUACCACACUUUAAUCAGGGACAAGCAAAUGAUCAGAAGGUGCUGGAGGAUGUCAUGGAUAAGUGUUUAAGUCUGGCAGAGCAGCGUCAGCAGGGCUCCAUUGUAUUCUCUGCCAUUGGCACAGGGAACCUGGGAUUUCCAAAGCCAAUGGUGGUCUGCACUAUGCUGGACUCAGCCUUCAAGUUUAGCAGUAAAAGAGGUUCAAAGCAUGUGAAGGAAGUGGUAUUUGUUCUUCACCCCAAAGAUACAGAAACCAUUCAGGUAUUCACAGAUGAGUUUAGCAAACGUUUGGGCCAGUCUGCCUCAGCAAGUAACCCAACACAGAGCACUGCCACAGCACAGCCACAGAGCACAGGCCCCUUCUCAAAGGUCAUAACAAAAUCAGGGAUCCAUGAGACUACAGUGGGAAAAGUAACUCUACAGGUCCUGAAUGGUGAUAUUACUGCAGAGAAAACUGAUGUCAUUGUGAACUCCAGCAAUAAAGAUUUUACAGCUAAAUCAGGUGUCUCAAAGGCUAUUUUGGAUAAGGCUGGUCCAAAUGGAGAAACAGAAUGCCAGCAACUCGGGGCCCAGACUACCAGUGGACUGAUAAUGACUCAAGCGGGAAAUUUACAGUGUAAAAAGAUCAUCCACAUUUCAGCACAAAGCAAUGCUAUUAUAAUUCAAAAACAUGAAAAGGCUCUAGAAAUGUGUGCUAAGGAAAAGUUAACCUCCAUUGCAUUCCCAGCUAUUGGUACAGGACAAGGGGGGCUGUCUCCAGGUCAAGUAGCCGACUCCAUGAUGGAUGGUAUGCUGGAUAUGAUAAGAAAAAACCCCCAGUCCACUCUGAAGCUGAUCAGACUGGUUGUGUUCCAGGCCCAAAUGCUCCCUGAAUUCCUCAAAAGCAUGCAGUAUAGAGAAACCGGGCCUCCCAAACAAGAGCCGAGUACCUGGUCAAAAAUCAAAACAUAUGCUGCUAGUGUUAAAUCCUUUUUCACUGGAUCAUGGGAGAAAGAAAUUAAACAACAUGGUGGCAAAGACUUUGUCAUUGAAGGUGUGCAAGUAGAUCCAGUGUUUUUUUCUAUCUGUGGACCAUCACAGGCAGACUUGGACAAAACAAAAAGUUUCUUAGAGGAUACAAUCAAUGAUGAACAAGUUUUCCAGUCCAUCACAGACACAGCGAUACUUAACUUCUCAGAUAAAGACCAACAGCGAAUCCAGGACCUGCAAAGCACAAUAGAUGUGACUAUAAGGCUGGAAUACAAAGCCAAUAAAGAUUCUGCAGAAAUCCCAGGAGAGGCCACACUUAUAGUACAAGGUCUCAGUCGAGAUGUUCUAAAAGCCACUCAGGAAAUCCAAGACAUGCUCAAAGCAGCCAAAGAGGAUGAGAUACAAAAAAGAGAAAUGGAAUUGACAAGUGAGCUUGUUGAUUGGCAGUAUGAACAAGGUGGCCAAUAUAAGAGCUUUAAUCAACGGACAAAUUUUGAUUUGGAAAAGGCUCUUGGUGGGCAUGCAGCAGAUGUCAAAAUUACCUUCCAAGGCCAAACUUACCAGGUCAAACUGCCUGAAGGUCCUGCGGUGAGCACCACUGGUGGAAAACAGAUCAAUAUCAGACGUAUUGACAAACUAAAAGCUACUGAAGAAAUUCCACAGCAUUGGGAUGCAAUGGCGGCUACAGAUUUGUACAAAAAGUUUAAUUUGCAACCUACCAGCACAGAAUACAUUGACGUAUUGAAGCAAUUCCAGGCCACUUGCCCUAACAACAAAGUCUUGAAGAUUGAACGAGUCCAGAAUCCUGGCAUGUGGAAGAACUACCAGAAUAACAAAAGUGUCAUGGAAAAAAAGAAUGGUCAUCAAAACAAUGAGAAAAAACUCUUUCAUGGAACCAGUGAGCAGACUCUCGCUCACAUUGAAAAAAGUGGAUUUAAUCGCAGUUAUGCAGGAAAAAAUGCUGCUGCAUAUGGAAAUGGAACUUACUUUGCACUCAACGCAAGCUACUCUGCUAACGGCACAUACUCAGUGCCUAAUGCUCAAGGACAAAAACACAUGUACCUCUGCAGAGUCCUUACAGGAGACUACACUAAAGGAGUGGGAGGGAUGAUUGUGCCACCUGCAAAAAAUACCAACUGUGACCUGUACGACACUGUUGUGGACAACCCUAAUGCGCCAACCAUUUUUGUGGUAUUUCGAGAUGAUAAUGCUUAUCCUGAAUAUUUAAUCACUUUCACUUAGUCACUGAAGAUCAGUCAUUUGACACAGUAAGGCAGAGGACCUGAUCACAUCAGAUACAAUCAGGGAGAUGAUUUUUAAAUUAAACUCUAGUUCCCAAUGUGCCUUAUUGAUUCAUUACAAUUUAAAAGGGCUUUAAUUACAGAACCUGCAGGUGCCUUAUAAUAAAUUCAUUUUCUGUUGUUUCUGCUGUAAAGUUUACAAAAUUUUGUCUUGUUAUUUCUGGUGAUAUUUGCACUAAAUAUGCAAAAACAAUACAAUCUUCAGGCAAUGGAAACCAACUGCACUGCAAAUAAAGAUAUUCAA